ACGUAACCAUCCCACCACCAUAUUGAAAAAUAAAUUAGUUUAUCGAUGAUGAAUUGAUGAUGAGCAAGUGUCUUUAGUGUUUUUAAAGUGUUAGAAACUUAAUGUAUAAUAGAAAAAAUGGCUGGAAAUUUCGGAAUGCAGCAGUUAAUUCCUAUUGUAAACAAGUUGCAAGAUGCAUUUGUACAGAUGGGCGUGCACAUGUCUUUAGAUCUUCCGCAAAUUGCAGUUGUGGGUGGUCAGUCCGCUGGAAAAAGUUCGGUGUUAGAAAAUUUUGUGGGCAGAGACUUCCUGCCUCGAGGGUCUGGAAUAGUAACUCGUCGUCCUUUGAUCUUGCAGCUCAUAAAUGGAAAUACAGAAUUCGCGGAGUUCCUGCACUGCAAGGGCAAAAAGUUCGUGGAUUUCAAUGAAGUGCGCGCAGAGAUCGAGUCGGAAACAGACCGCAUUACCGGCUCCAAUAAAGGCAUCUCGCCGGUUCCGAUUAAUUUGCGCGUUUACUCUCCAAAUGUUCUUAACUUGACACUGAUCGAUCUGCCGGGGCUGACUAAGGUGCCGAUAGGAGACCAGCCCGUGGACAUAGAGCAGCAGAUCAAAGCCAUGAUCUUCCAGUUCAUUAGGCGAGAGUCCUGCCUCAUCCUCGCCGUCACCCCGGCCAAUACGGACUUGGCAAACAGUGACGCCUUAAAACUUGCCAAAGAAGUUGAUCCCCAAGGUCUUCGUACCAUCGGCGUGAUCACCAAGUUGGAUCUCAUGGACGAGGGGACUGACGCCCGCGAUGUGCUGGAGAAUAAACUUCUACCGCUGCGACGAGGCUACAUCGGCGUUGUCAACCGAUCGCAGAAGGAUAUUGACGGUAGAAAGGACAUCUCUGCCGCCCUUGCGGCUGAAAGGAAAUUCUUCCUGAGUCACCCAUCAUACCGACACAUCGCCGACCGUCUCGGAACCCCAUACCUCCAGCGGGUGCUGAACCAACAGCUCACGAACCACAUCCGAGACACGCUGCCCGGACUACGGGACAAACUGCAGAAACAACUGCUCGCGCUGGAGAAAGAUGUCGACCAAUACAAACACUUUCGGCCAGAUGACCCGUCGAUCAAGACCAAGGCUAUGUUGCAAAUGAUCCAACAACUGCAAACGGAUUUCGAACGUACCAUCGAGGGGUCUGGAUCUGCCCAGAUCAACACCAACGAGCUAUCGGGCGGUGCCAAAAUCAACCGGCUGUUCCACGAGCGGUUCCCGUUCGAGAUCGUCAAGAUGGAGUUCGACGAGAAGGAGCUUCGUAGAGAGAUCGCGUUCGCUAUCAGGAAUAUUCACGGUAUUAGGGUUGGUUUGUUCACUCCGGACAUGGCGUUCGAGGCUAUAGUAAAGAAGCAGAUCGGCCGGCUAAAGGAGCCAUGCAUUAAGUGUGUCGAUUUAGUAGUGCAGGAGUUGUCAAAUGUGGUCCGCAUUUGCACUGAAAGGAUGUCACGGUACCCCCGCCUUCGUGAAGAAACUGAGCGUAUCAUAAUGUCGCACGUUCGUUCCCGCGAACAAAAGUGCAAGGACCAGUUGGUUCUACUCAUUGACUGCGAACUUGCCUACAUGAACACCAACCACGAGGAUUUCAUCGGAUUCGCUAACGCUCAAAAUCAGUCGGAGAACUCGGCGAAAUCAGGACAUCGGGCCCUUGGAAACCAAGUCAUUAGGAAAGGAUACAUGUGCAUACACAAUUUGGGCAUAAUGAAAGGUGGAUCCCGUGAUUACUGGUUUGUGCUGACAUCGGAGAGCAUCUCGUGGUUCAAGGAUGAGGAGGAGCGCGAGAAGAAAUACAUGUUGCCGCUGGACGGAUUGAAGUUGCGCGACCUCGAGCAAGGAUUCAUGUCGCGGCGACACAUGUUCGCGUUGUUCAACCCUGAGGGCAGGAAUGUGUACAAGGACUACAAGCAGCUAGAGCUGUCGUGUGAGACACAAGACGACGUUGACUCGUGGAAGGCAUCGUUCCUCCGGGCCGGUGUGUACCCUGAGAAGACUUCGGAAGCGGCCAAUGGGGAUGAGAGUUCAGAUAGCGCUGGUACCAGCAGCAUGGACCCUCAGCUCGAGAGACAGGUGGAGACGAUCAGAAACCUGGUGGACUCGUACAUGCGCAUUGUGACCAAGACCACGAGAGACCUCGUGCCCAAGACCAUCAUGAUGCUGAUCAUAAACAACGCCAAAGACUUUAUCAAUGGGGAGCUGUUAGCGCAUCUGUAUGCUUCUGGUGAUCAGUCACAAAUGAUGGAAGAGUCGCCGGAGGAGGCGCAGAAACGCGAGGAGAUGCUGCGCAUGUACCACGCUUGCAAGGAGGCGUUGCAUAUAAUCGGCGACGUGUCUAUGGCGACCGUGAGCACGCCCGUGCCGCCGCCCGUGAAGAACGACUGGCUGGAGAGCCGCCUCGACUCCAACCCGAGGCUGUCGCCGCCCUCGCCCGGCGGCCCGCGCCGAGCGGCGCCUCAGCAACAAGGUUCGAUGGGCCAACGCGGAGCCCCGCCGCCCCCGGGCGCGGGCACGGGGCGGCCCGCGCCCCCGCUGCCGUCGCGGCCGGGCGGCGCCGCGCCCCCGCCCCCCGCCGGCCGCCCGCAGCCCGGCGGCGGCCUGCCCGCGCCCCUCAUACCCACGCGCCCUGGCGGUGGGAGCGCAGUGGGAGCGGCGGCGAGCGCGAUGAACCAGCUGCCCCCGCACAUGCGGCAGCAAGUCAACCAGGCCGUGGGCCAGGCCGUCACCAACGCCGCCAUCAACGAACUCAGCUCGGCAUUCGCCCGAUUCAACCGACCGAUGCCGAACGUGCCACCGAAGCUGCCCGAACGACCACAGAAUGGGCGGCCAUUUUGAACGCUCCCAUACCGCCGCCAUUUUAAGGUUAUUUGCAGUGUAAAUAUCUCUCCUAAUACAAAGUGUAUUGCUCUGUCUAGGUAUGAGAUGCUUAGCAUUUAAGCAAUAACGACUAGGAGUUUUAUUUUUGACACCACUUUUACGUCGAACUAUAAAAGCAACGUGUACGUUUUAAAACUUGUUCUAAUCUGGCCAAGACGUGGGAUAUUUGUUUAAUAAAUAAUUAAAAACCUACAAAAAGAGGCUCGUUUUUAAUAUGAAUGCAAUCACAUCGCCUCAUUAUAAUUUUAACUUUACAGGUAUAUUAAAUAUCUACUGCGUCAUUUUUAUGAGUUUGUAUUGUGAUAAGAGUAUAACGAAUUAUCACUAAGUUAAUAAAUAUGACAACUAGGAUGCACAUAGUUAUGAGUUAGCCAUGAAAUCGUUUAAUAACUUAGCUUUGAGUAUAUUUCAUACGAUAGAUGUAAUAUUUUCAUAGUUGUUUGAAUAUUUAUGAAAUUGUUAUAAAAUAAAUGACACAUAAUGUCGGCGAUUAGCUUAUAAAGAAGCAAUUUGAAUUUGUUAACUCGUGUCAAUCGAUGUUAAUUAAAACCAACGACAAUAUUAUUUAUUGUAGUGACAAUAGCUAACAAUUUUAAAUAUAUUGUUAAAUUUCAUAUUGUUGUGUAGGAUCACUUUAGAUUUUUGUAUUUUUAACAUUAAUCACAAUAUUGUACCUCAGUGAAGAAUGUUUGAGUAGCGAGUCUGUUUAUUAGAUGUUCGACUGAUAUUAUACCAGGUUAUUGGACUGCUUGUGAUAGAGAGGGCCUAUUCACAGAAUGUGAAUGCGCCUUCAAUUAGAGAUUGUAAUUUUUAUUCAUAUUACUGUGGCAUUUAGUAUUACGACCUGGCGUGUGAAUAUGAAGUUAAAAUCUGAAAUUAUUAUACAGCAUAAGUAAAAUUACCAAAGACCAUUGAUAAAUCGAAUGUGUUUCACAUCGUUAUUUUUAAAUUAAAAUCUUAUGCACCCGUGAAUUAAAAAAGAGGGUUUUGUUUAUGGUUAUGUCCGCUAUAUUGCACUAAAUGAUAAAGCCCUUGUAUUUUUCUAAACUUACGUCAGAUACAGAGUAAAAUCUUUUUCUCUAGAAUUAAUUAGAGUUUACAUAACAUAAUAGUAUAUUGCGAAGUUAUUAUUAUGGUAUAUUUAAGUAUAAUAUGGCAUUUUAUAUAAAUGGAUAAUGUUAUAACUCACUCUUAACGCACAAACAGGUAAUUAUCUAAGUGAAGCUUUUCUGAAAGUAAACCAAAACUGUACGAAUAUAUAAAGACAUUAUGCAUUUUUUUUUGUUUCUUAAUGUUCUUUAUCUUUAACUUGACUACUUCUUUAUUUUGAAUAUUUCCUAGCAUUGAAGUUUAAGAAUUGGGGGAAAAUUAUGAUAUCUUGUUAAUAGUCAGCCAAUUCGGGUCCAAAUUGCAAAUGUAACGGGAUAAAUUCAUUGCUUAUAAUUAAAUUUUAAAUAUAAAUAUGAAAAAUAAAGUUACCUUACAUACCUUUCUUAUUCUACCUAUCUUAUUUUUUACCAUGACAUAAAUAUGAGUUUGUUAGCCUUAUCUUCCUAGUAAAAUUCAAAGAUUAAUUUAUUUUUAUACAUUCCCGUUCUUCUGUUCACGCGUCAGGAAUAAUUAAAAUUUAUGUAUAUAGAUGUAAAAACAAUGUAAUAUGGACUUGUUUAAUGUUUAUACUUUGUGUACUGUUGUAUGCAACUGUAAUAAAUGUGUAUAUACUUCA